CGCCGUUUUAAGCGAGGUACGAGUCCGCGUUAGAGCCGGAGAGCCCGGUGCGUGGUGCAAGGAGUGAGGCACAAGUGUGACAAGAAAGAAAAGAGAGGGAAAGAAGCAGAGAGGACCAUGCAGCCCUCUGCUCUCAUGGAUCAUAAGGAUAUCUAACCAUUUGCUCUGGGAGCGCACAGACACCGCAGUCCAUGCCUCUGCCUUGCCAGGUCAUUGAUGGGAAAUCAACUGGACCGGAUCACCCACCUCAACUACAGCGAACUGCCCACGGGGGAUCCGUCCGGGCUGGAGAAGGACGAGCUUCGGGUCGGCGUAGCCUACUUCUUCUCUGACGAAGAGGAGGAGGUUGACGACCGCACUCCGUCCGACUGCGGCUUCACCAAGGACCACAGCCCGACAGAGGAGGAGCCCUACCCGGUCAGCGAGGUGGAGUACUCAGCCUUCUGCUCCCAGGAAUGCAUCUUUUCCAAGCUGCGGGAAAAUGAGGACUUGAAUGUGUACUCGGUCAAAACUUUGCUGACUAUGUGCAAACCAGGGGACCUACUGGAGCUAGUGGGCACUGCGCAACCCCCCCACUGGGUCAUUUACGAGCAUGACGACCAGAUUAUUCAUCUGCACAAAGGUGAGAUCCGCAAGGACAGCCUGUUGGAGAUCAGCAACGGGCGUCACGGGAGAAUAGUCAACAAUCGGUACCGAUUUCGACCGCUCCCCCCAGACCUGGUGAUGCAGAACGCGGUGGGACACCUGAGCCUGAGAAGCGAGGAGAUUUGCUGGACCAAUUCGGAAAGUUUCGCAGCUUGGUGCCGCUUUGGGAAGCGGGAGUUCAAAGCAGGUGGGGAGGCGCACUCCGCGGAGCAGCAGUAUUUCCUCAAAGUGCACCUGUCCGGCAGUGGAGUGCACACUCUGGUGUUUCGCAGCCUGGAGGAUAUGAUCCGUGAGAGGCGGCGCGUGGACGCCAGUGGAAUUCUCAAAGAGCUGUCUUUGGUUAACGGGGGCAAAGACUGAGCGCAAAGGAAUCCCCUCCCACCCCUCUCCACUUUGCCUCCUCCCAGAGACGCACACUUUUGCGCGCACACAAGCACAUAAACAUGCAAAGGACCUGUUGGUUUAAAGACUGGCGGUUUGUGCGUCCUUACAGUGGGAUUUAUCCACGAGAGAUUAAAAAAAGAAAGGCCAUAUGAGCAGACAACGCCCCGACAAACAGAAUUCGUGGCGAAAGAAACACGAUUUCUGACCCACUCAUCCAAUCUCCACCCUCACAGCGCACAUGUUUUGGUUUCCAGUCGAUCGUGGAUCCUUCUUUGCGCGGCAGACAGGCGGUAAAACCUGGAGAAGGAGGUGUUAGAUAGAAUUUGGGCUGGCUCUCCACAGCCACCCUUCUAUUUUUUUACUGUUAGCUUUAAGACUGGGACAAACUACAACACAGAUCCAAGCCACUUAUGAACAAACCUUUACCAGACCCAACUGAACAAAGAAUCUUGGCUUGACCAAGUUCCUUUCGCCAUAUCAAAAGUAUUGUAAUCCCCACAAUGCUGUCAUCUUGCUCCCUGGCACUGGAUGUACGUGUAAACUGUAUUCAUACAUUGAUUUAAAUUUGAGUCCUUUAUUUUUGUAUUUAAGUUUAGUGGACUUAACCCUGAUUUUUUUUUUCUUUUAAAUUUUUGUCCAAAUAAACGGAGGUUCGAGUAUCAAAAACAA